AUGAACGAUUAAAAAGCUUCAUUAUUAAUAUCAAUAAGCAAUGUUGAAUUUUAAAGAGAUUAUCACUAUUUUAUUACAUGUUAAAUGGAAAGUGAAGGCGAGAAACGUAGAACCGAUAUUAGUGCAUGUGUAGCAAAUCCAGUAUUUACAGCAAGCACAUUUGUAAUACCAUUAUAAUAAUAAAGAAUAGAUAUAAGUGAAAAAAUACAUUUUGCAGCUUUUGUUGUAUUAGAUAGAGGUGAAAAUAACAUAUAGGAAUUGCAUUCAAAAGGUUAAGCAAGAUUAUUAGGAGAAUGUAAAUUAGAAUUAGGUUCUUCGAUUCCUGCUUUAAUGGAUUUUAGUGGAAUCGGAAUCCGCUAAAGUUUAAAGUUUUAAAGAAUUUCAGGUGAUAAAGAAGUUACAGUAGGUCGAUUUAUUGUCAAUAUAAAAUUAGUCGCGGAAUAAGUUAUACCAAUAACUAAUUAAGAUGAUAUAAAACCAUUAGACAAAGAAGAUAUUUUCCAUGAAUUGCCUUUAGUUGACCCUUUUUUUGAUUUUUAAUGGCGAGUUAGAGUCGAUAUUAGAUGUGGGGUUGAUUUACCUUUAAAUAGGGCAAAUCCAUCUGGCUUACCAUCUCCUUUUGCAGAGGUUGGAUAUACAUUAUAUAAUAACCAAUAGCCUAACAUGCAAUAACUUUUUUUGACAAAUAUAGUCGAAAAUAAUAGACAUCCAAUAUGGAAUUCAUAAUUUUUACUUUCAAAUCCUGAAGAUAUAACACGCUAAGAAGGAUUCAUAUACAUAUGCUUCAGAGACCAAUAUAUUUCUCAACCUUUAGACACAAUAUAUAUCCCUAUAUAAUAUUUAAGACCAUUUAUCCCAAUAAAUUUAGAAUUUUAAAGCCAAAAUGUAGAAUAUGAAUCAAAAUCAAAAUACUAUAUAUCAUUAACUUUAGAAGUUCCAAACUAAGAAUCUUUUGUAGACGGUUUAGUAGAUGUAAUUAUCCAUAAUGUCCAUUUUGAUCCACUUCCAUAUACAAACCGAAUGUUUAUAGUUAUGACAUUAAAUGACUUAGACAGUCCAUAAAACAUUGCAUAGAAAAUUAUGGAAAAUUAAUUAGAAUUAAAUGCCUGUUUUAUAUCUUCCAUAUUAAAAAUCCCUCCAUUUUAAAUACACAAAACUUAUAAAGCAGUUGCAUAUUUUACACUUCCAAGAAGUUAUUUAUCUAAACAAAUCCUUUUUUUCCUCGCAGGAAAAGACGACUCAAUCGCAUGUCCACAUUAAAUGCCAAACGGAAUUGCUGGAAUGAGUUUAGAAUAAGACGAUACAUUAAAAAAAUUAAUGUUUGCAAAAGAAAAAAGGGCUGCUUUUGUACCUUUAUUGUGGAAAAAAGACACUAAACUAUACCCUGUAUUUUCCACUACUAAAUGUAUGUUAGAACUUGCCUGUUUUACAUAAGAAGAUUAAAAAAAAAUACUAUAAGCCGAAGGACUUAAAUAACUAGAAGAAUAAUAAGGCGAAAACCCGAAAAAUCCAAUGGAUACUUUAGCUGGUUAUUUAGGUGUAAAUGUACCCUAAAAUAUUGGAAAUAACGAAAAAUGGGGAAUACUAGCCAAAGAACUAGCCCAAAAAUAAGAAAUUGUACACAGAAUGAUUAAAGAUCUUGACGAUAAAUCUGAAUCUUUAAAAAUUACUGGAGUCGAAAUAGUAGAAUUACGUCGAUAGAUAAAAUUAUUAUAAAGCGAAAAUGCUAUAUUAAGGAAAAAAUUAAACCAUGAUGAAUAAAUAGAAGUCUAAAGUAUAAUCUAAAAGGAAAUUUCAACCAUGAGCAUGGAAUAAUUAAGACAAAAAAUAGUAAAACUAGCCACCGCAUAUAGAGACGAAAGAAUAAGAAACGAAGAUUUCGAAAAAGCCUUGAAAAAAACACAAAAAGAUAUAUCAAAUGCCCGCCAAAUAGAGUAUGAAUUCGAGAUUUUAUAAAAAAAAUAGCAAGAUGCUCUAAAAAAAAUAUCUUCUUAUUAAUAAGAAAUAUCUAAAACAAGUUUACUUAAAGAAACAAUAAGAAAAUAAGAAAAAGUAAUCGAAAAACUAGAAAAAUUAAUUGAGAAUACACUCAAAGAUACUCAAAAUGCUCGAAAAUAUUAACUAGAAGCAGAAAAACUAUAAACAGAAAAUAUUAAUUUAUAAAUAUAAUUAAAAAAUAAUGCCUAUGUAAUAAAUAAUACAUCAUAAAAUUAAGAAAAUAGUUCCUUAGAUAUAUAUAAAUAAGAAAUAGUUAAACUCUAAAAAGUUAUAGCGGAUUUAUAAGGAUAAUUACAUAGUAAAAAUCCAUAAACAGUGUAAGAUUAUUAAUGGGAAAAUGAAAAAGUAGAAUUUGAAAUUAAAUUGCAUAAAGCCACUUCCAAAAUUGAAGCUAUGGAAGAAGAAAUGCUUGAGAAUGCUAAAAAUUAUGCAAAAGAAAUUGCUUAGUUGAAAUUAAUUAUUGCAGAAAAAUAAGCUAUGUUAGAUACUUUAACUUUAGGAUUUUGAUUUAUAUAUAUAUAUAUAUAAUAUUAUUAUUUAUGGAUAUUUUAAUUAAAUUAUUGUUUUUUUUUUCAUAUUGCUUCUAAAGU